CUGUGGACCGCUUAAGACAAUCAGGCUGAUGGUGUUGUUUACAAAUAAUAACGCAUCUUGAUAUGUACAGAUAUAUUAUGUUUGUCUAAUAUUGGACAUGACAAAGUAAUUCUUUACUUGUCAAAGAAAAUAAAUGUGAAGGUUUUCUAAAUGUGGAUGCUGUAGGUGUAAGCGGCUCAGGUAAACAGCCACUGUCAGUGGAUUAGUGGAGCAGAGGAAUCAACACACGGCUCUGUGAAGAGUGACGGUAACACUGUCCACAGCACACCACGGAGACCAGCCACACGCAGGAGACGCAGGAGAUAAGGGUGAAAUGUCCUGUCUGGAUGAGGUGCCCUUUAAGAUCCCUCUUGGCUUUCUUGAGGAUGCUAAAGUAGAGGUUAAGCUCAUCACAGCUCCAGAAAUCGCUCUCCCCGACUACCUGAAGAUACUGCAGGAAACUGAGUAUGUCUUCAGCCUGGAAAACUGGGUUCUCACGGGUCUCCAGGGCGGCUAUCCAAACCUCAAUCCCAGCUCUUCCUGUGAGCCUACGGCCACCUGUCCUCCAUACUGGAUGAUGUUCAGCAGCCCUCAGGAGAGCAGGUUAGCCAGCCGCUGGAGCAGUGACUUCUGGGAACCCAACCCUCGUCCCCGCAGCCGUAGCUUAAACGCGGCCCACUACCGCACGAUGAAUGCUCGAGUCAAAUUCACCAUCUCUGACUCGGAAGAUGAAGAGUUUACAGAAGAAGAUGGCGCCGCUCUUGCUGACAGUGAAGCACAGUCCAAACGGGGUGGUUUGGGUUUGCCAAGACAGGAGCCAGGGUUGAAAGACUUGCACACUUGUGGAUCAUCAAACUUCCUCAAGCUGCCUUCACCUUGCAGCCUCGGCGCACAGCGCCAGGGGACGUCGUCUUCCCAAUGUAGGCGUAACUCGCCCGAAAGAAACUUCCAGAGGUGUCAGAGAUCUGCUGGUCGUACUAAUGCAUCUCCCACAGUCUCCCCCAACAACUUGCAGUCUGAAUGCAUUAACAAUCCCACCCCAAAGGCCCAGGGUUCAUCCUCCACCCCGGCCCCAUCACGGCCACUUAAUUCCCACGCUGCCGUCCUGGACUCUUCGGUCGAGCUGCUCUCCGCUCUCAGCCCAGAGGAGAGGGAGCUGCUGGCAGCCGUGACCGAGCGGGGCUACCCUCUCCGUACGGCCAUCAUCGCCCUCCAGAAAAUUGGCCAGCAGAGUCCAGAGCAGAUCUUGAGUUAUAUGGUGGCAUGUGAUCGGUUAUGUGAACUCGGCUAUGAUGAAGCUCAGGUUGAAGAAGCACUUGAGAUGUUUCAGAACUGUGAGACCAAGGCUGAGGAGUUCCUUCACCUUCUUGCUCAGUUUCAUGAAAUGGGCUUCCAGCAGAACGCCAUUAAAGAGGUUCUUCUGGUGCAUGAGAAUCACAGAGAGCGAGCGCUGGAGGAGCUCAUGACCCGCGUGGCCUGAUCCCAUCCAUGUUAUGAUGCAGUGAAUUAACUGCGAUCAUGGUUUUCGCAGGACACCGAGCUCGUAUAGCUGUUGCUUGUUUAUCAUAUGCUGCACUGUUUAUUCGUUGCGCAUUCUAGACAUGUGUUGAGGCCUUGGGGAAAAGCACAAUUUGACAGUCGACACGAGAGAAUGGCUCUGUAACAACACGCUUUUAUAGUGUUUUCCGUAGCAUUCAAACUUUCGUUGCUUUAUUUAUUGAAACGUAAACCAUUUGGUAUUUAUUAUGUUCAUUCUAUUCUUGGAAUUCAUACAAUUAUGAAACUUUUUAAAAUGUAUUAUAAUUGUUAAGCCAUAUAUAUAUAUAUAUGGACUCUUUAACAUCAUAUUCAUCUUUCUAGUUUCUAUAUGGUGCCUCCAUUUACUUACAACUGAAAAACCCAAGGUGAGACAGUGUGAUCUGCAAUAAUUUCUGGUUUGUAUUUAUCUAAAUGUUUUUGUCAGCCGGACCCCUUUGACAUAAAAUAUAUAUUAUAAAAUAUAUAUAUUCUUGAAUUAUCCCUUAAGUUAAUAUUUCAAUAAUUUAACAACACAUUUGCAUAUUUAUGGUGCUAUGAUAUUAGUUAAUGGUCAGAUGACAUGCAGGAAAACUAAUAAAAUAUUUCAUCAUUUAGUGUUUUAUUUGGGUUGUUUUUAUUUUGUAAUCAAACAACAUAUUGUAAUUAUUUUGGCAUAUAUUGCAAUUGUGAUUUACAGUGAUAUGAUCUCUCAUCUUUUUAAAAAAAAUGUUUCAUGCUACUGCUAAAUCAUCCACGCAAAAAGAACCAGGGGACAUUUGCAUUUUCAGUUAUACAAAUAAAACUAUUGUUUUUAUAUUAUUAUUAUUUUAACUAAUUAUAAAAAAUAUAAAGGCAAACAGAACAAAUAGACAAUUUCAUUAGAAAAAUGACUAUUGUUAUUUUAGGACAGAAGUAUAUUAUUGUAAUAUUACAAUUGCACUUUAAAAUAAACUGAAUAUUUGAUCAUUACUUGAAAUUAUUUUGUGACAAUGAUAAAUUUGAAUUAUUUAAUUUUUAAUUACAAUGCUAAUAUACCAUUUCCAAAUGAGAUUGAACUCAUUUUUAAUAAUUGCGCUAAGCUAUUCAUGUAUAUAAAUAUUAUGUGUCAGACAAUACAGAUGUAAUAAAUUAUUUACUUACAAUUGGUUCAGUUUAUUGGAGAGCUCCAGCAAAGGCAUUGGGACCCUACCUAAAAAAAUGUGCCUUUGGGUGAUGCAUUUGCACAGAUAACCACUGUAAACAAAAAAAUGACUAUUUAAUAUGAAAUGUCAGUCAAAUAUUUGGAAGAAAACCCAUAUCUAAACAAUAAUACCCAUAUCUUGUUCUCAUUUCAGAAAAAAACCUAGCAUUUGUGAAAUUUGUGUGAGGUCACUUUGGUAUUUGUGAACAUUAUUAUAUGGCAAAGUUCCUAUAAAAUGUUACCUUCAGUGUUAAACAAUGCCAGACAUCAUGAGCGAAUAGCAAAGUCCUGCCAAGAUCUAUAGAUUCUGUUGUUAGGCUGCCAGAGGUUGAACACAAUGUUUUCAUUGUGGUAACAUGAUUAGUUAUCAGUGUGUCUUCGGGUUCCAUGUAAUGAGUGGACCUUCUACAAUAGUUACGAAAGUUUGCAGGAAUGUCUGGAUAUGAUUUGAGUGUUUGAACAGUCAACGAGUCGCCACACUGUUACACUCUUACCACUUUAUGAGGUCAUAAAUGAUUGUAUGAAUAAAGUAUCAUUUCUGAUGA